CGGAAAUAUACAAACGGAAAAAGAACAAUGAAAUGCUACUACCUCUUAACUUCAACUCUACCUUCUAUAACAACUCUACGCUACAUUAAUACACGCGCCACACGCGCCACACGCUCCUCCUCUCCAAAGCUUCAAAUCCGAGCCAUGAGAGCUGUCGUCCAGCGAGUUUCCUCCGCCAGCGUCGAAGUUGACGGAGCCACCGUAUCGGAAAUAGGACCGGGACUCCUCGUCCUCGUCGGCAUUCACGAGUCCGACACCGAAUCGGACGCUGAUUACAUAUGUCGCAAGGUUUUGAAUAUGAGAUUGUUUACAAAUGAAUCAACUGGCAGAGCUUGGGACCAAAAUGUUAUGCAGAGAAAUUAUGGAGUAUUGUUAGUGAGUCAGUUUACAUUGUGUGGAUUUUUGAAGGGAAACAAGCCUGAUUUCCAUGUAGCAAUGCCGCCACAGGAAGCGAAACCAUUUUAUGAUUCAUUAGUUGAGAAAUUUAGGAAAUCGUACCAGCCAGAUGCCAUAAAAGAUGGCGUGUUUGGAGCAAUGAUGAAGGUUAAUCUCGUUAAUGAUGGGCCAGUGACAAUGCAACUUGAAUCACCGCAAUCGUCCAAGCACUCAAACUCGUCAGCACAAGAACCAUGAGUUGGUCAAGUGGCAUGUUCUUAACUUGCAGGAACGGCGGAUCUACAUUAGUGAGACUUACACUUUUAAGAUGAGUAUGAUGAUGUUGGAAUAUCUUUUAUCCAAUUUAAGUCGUACCUCUUUUUCUUGGUAAAGAUUUACCGUUCUCACUUGAGUGAACUCCAUCAUUUAAGGAUGGUGGAGUUUUUAUGAGAGGGGUCCAUGAAGGCUCGGUCUAGGCAAGAAAAUUCCGAAGUGAAAAUGAAAAAUCGAGAUCUUCUUCUAAUUUAUCAUUCUUGUGUCCUUCAAUUGAGAAUGACUUUAACAGAGCUGCUCUCAACAAUGCUCUUUACUCUGUCAACUUAAUUACUCUAACUCCAUUAUAUUGGGUUCAAAAACUAGUUUACAAUGUUUUUAUUAUCUCCUUAA